AUGUCUCGUCGUUCGCUAUUGAAACCCUUGCAUUCAUAUAUGCGCUUAUCUAUAGCUCCGUCUAUUCACCUGAAUCAUGUGAGACGUGCUUCACUUAACUCGGCCAUUGGUCGUGGUAUCCGCAAGACCCGGGGCUUCGAUGGUCCACCUUCGUCGCGAAAUUCGUAUGAUUCUGACUUUGAACGGCCGUACAGAGAAAGGAGGGACCCCAAACCGAAUAGAACCGAAAAGAAAACCCAGGGCAGAAAUUGGCUCGACGGUGACUUAGAUGAAGAUGAAUUUAUUAGGACGGGAAGUUUCCGCGCACUGCCUCGUGAACACCAACGCUUCCAGAGCAGUAAGAGGUUGUCGAAGAAUGAAGCCAGGGGAUACGAUGACCGUGAGACUAGCGACAGACCUCAGGACAAGCGUCACCCUCGCCGAGCGGAGCCAGCUAGACACCACCGUGCCACGGAGAGAGUACCAGAGCGGGUAAAAGAAAAUGUGCAAGUCCCUGACGCAAUCCCAUACACGACACCGGCAUCGGAAUUCAUCUAUGGAACCAGCGCAGUGGAGGCUGCACUACGCUGCAGCAGACGUCGUCUGUACAAAUUGUAUGUGUAUCAGGCCGCUGGUGAAGAACUAAGCCCUGCCAAGGUUGCACUGCGCAAAUUGGCGCUUUUGAAAAAUGUCAAGGUUAAGAUGGCCUUCGGUGGAUGGGACCGGCUUCUUGACAAAAUGAGUGCUGGUCGACCUCAUAAUGGCUGCGUCCUUGAAGCGUCACCUCUGCCAAGAUUGCCUGUGAGGGGCUUGAAGAGUGUUCCAUCCGUCAAGGAGGAGGAUUUCGGUGUGGAAUUGGGCGCUCAAUCACGAGAAGAAGCAUUGGUGAAUAGCACGAACGACAAGAUUAAAAUUCAUCAUUGGGAUCACAGAGCAAGGUACCCUGUUGUAUUAUUACUCGACGGAAUUGUGGAUCCUGGAAACCUGGGUGCUAUCAUUCGCUCCGCGUAUUAUCUUGGUGUCGAUGCUAUUAUAUUCGCUGGUCGAAACUCGGCACCUUUGUCUCCUGUGACAAUCAAGGCCUCGGCUGGAGCAGCUGAAAAUAUGUCUCUUCUCGAAGUGAGCAACGAAGUGGAUUUCAUCCAGCGUUCCAAAGCCAAUGGAUGGAAAUUUUACGCGGCAGAUGCCCCAGGUCCAGCUUCCAAAUAUGUGGACACUACUUCUAUUGUCGAGGGUAAAGGUACUACCGAAGGGGGCCAUGUUAGCACCCAAUCGCCUUGCGUUAUUAUGAUGGGGAGCGAGGGAUCCGGAUUGAGUCGUCACAUUAAGUCGCAUGCGGACUCUAUCGUGAGCAUCCCUGGAGCCAGACUUGCUACGCCCCUUGGUGUUGAGUCUGACCCUUCUAGAGUGGACAGCCUUAACGUCAGUGUGGCAGCGGCGCUGCUGAUGGAAAUGUUUCUACGUGUACCACUUGCGGUGGCCGAUGUGCCUCCGAAGAAAUCUCGGUGA